UUAGUGUUGUGUAUUUUCUAUUCCAUCGUUGUGCGGUUAAAGUGUGUGAGAAAUUGCAGAUAAAUAAUUAAAAAAUCUACCUAUUUACCAAAACAGUUUCAUUGGCUUUUAUAUUAAAUUGUACACAUUUCGCAUCCUGCGGCAGAGGAAAAAUCGUAAAUACAAGAAAAAAGGAGUGUCCCCGUGCUAUCAAAAAAAAAAAAGAAAAAACAAAAAACGCUAUGUCGUUAAUUUUUAAUGUAGUAAAAGUGUAAAUAACUAAUAACUAAAUUUGUGGAAAAGAAAAAAGCAAACGCGCGAACAAGUGCAAAGAUAAGCAAGAAAUUUGUGCAAACGGAAAAAAGUAAAGCAAACGCCGCGAAAGCGACAAAAAAACAAGUAGCACAAAAAAGUAGAGCGAAAGCAGCAAUUCAUUAAAUAUUUGAAGUCUUUUAAUUGUGCAAAAAGCAAAAAAGUGCAAAGUUUCGCUAGGCAAUUACUCAUUGGGUGCAGUAAAGGAUAACUGGAAGGUAAAAAGAGGCAGAUUGAGCCUACCAACAAAAUUUUCCUGGCUACUAAAUAAAAAAAGGAGCCAGCAGAAAGGCAAGUAAGGCAUAGGAAAACCAAAGGAAGCUCAACUUAACAAAAAAAACAACAACUCGUUAUCACAACAACAGCAACACCAAUAGCCAACCUUCCAACAAAAUGAGUAAAAAACCUACAGUCGGACCCGCGCUCCACAAAGUGAUAAUGGUGGGCAGCGGCGGCGUUGGCAAAUCAGCAUUAACACUACAAUUCAUGUACGACGAAUUCGUGGAAGAUUACGAACCAACCAAAGCAGAUAGUUAUAGAAAAAAGGUCGUUUUAGAUGGCGAAGAAGUACAAAUAGAUAUAUUGGAUACUGCCGGACAGGAGGAUUACGCUGCCAUCAGAGAUAAUUAUUUUCGCAGUGGUGAGGGUUUUCUCUGUGUCUUCUCAAUCACAGACGACGAAAGCUUCCAAGCAACACAAGAAUUCAG